AUGAAAGCCGCCCUCGCACUCCUGGCCGUCGUGGCCUGUGUGGCCGCUGAGGUCUACUUCAAGGAAGAGUUCAACGACGACUCCUGGGAGAAGCGCUGGAUCCAGUCCAAGCACAAGGAGGACUACGGAGAGUUCAAGCUGUCUGCCGGAAAGUACUAUGGCGAUGCCAAGCGCGACCAAGGACUCAAGACUUCUCAGGAUGCCCGUUUCUACUCCCGCGGUGUCUCGUACCCCAAGUUCUCCAACAAGGGCAAGACCGUUGUCAUCCAGUUCACCGUCAAGCACGAGCAGGGCAUCGACUGCGGUGGUGGCUACCUGAAGGUGAUGCGAUCGGACGCCGACCUCGCCGAUUUCCACGGAGAGACCCCAUACAACGUCAUGUUCGGUCCUGAUAUCUGCGGACCGACCAAGAAGGUCCAUGUCAUCUUCUCCUACAAGGGCAAGAACCACCUCAUCAAGAAGGAGAUCCGCUGCAAGGAUGACGAACUCACUCACCUCUACACACUCAUCCUGAACCCCGACAACACCUACGAGGUCCAGAUCGAUGGCGAGAAGGUAGAGAGCGGCGAGCUCGAGGCUGAUUUCGAUCUGCUCCCGGCCAAGAAGAUCAAGGAUCCGGAUGCGAAGAAGCCCGAUGACUGGGAUGAGCGCGAGUACAUCGAUGAUGCCGAUGACUCGAAGCCGGAGGACUGGGACAAGCCCGAGCACAUCCCCGACCCGGAUGCCAAGAAGCCUGAGGACUGGGAUGAUGAUAUGGAUGGCGAAUGGGAGCCCCCGAUGAUCGAUAACCCCGAUUACAAGGGAGAAUGGAAGCCCAAGCAGAUCAAGAAUCCCGAAUACAAGGGCAAGUGGGUGCACCCCGAGAUCGACAACCCGGAGUACUCCCCCGACGACAACCUGUACCUGUACGAGGAUUUUGGCGCCGUUGGAAUCGACAUCUGGCAAGUCAAAUCUGGCACCAUCUUCGACAACCUUCUCAUCGCCGACUCGGUCGAUGAUGCCAAGGCCCACGCCGCCGAAACCUUCGACAAAUUGAAGGGAGCCGAGAAGGAAGCCAAGGAGAAGGCCGACGAGGAAGAGCGCAAGAAGCGUGACGAGGAAGACAAGAAGCGCAAGGAGGAGGAAGAUAAGAAGAAGGAAGACGAUGAUGAGGAUGAGGAGGAGAAGGACGACGCGCACGAGAAGGACGAGCUG